UCCCUCCCUCUCUCCCUCCAUCUGUCUCUGUGUAUAUUGUUCAAUAAUAGAACAUGGCUAGAAACCCAGACGACCUUGAAAAUGGCUCUGAACCACCAACCCAGAACCCAAAAGCAAGUGCAACUAUUGGGUCGGUAACAACCAACCUAGCGCAGCUCCUGCCAACUGGAACUGUCUUUGCUUUCCAAUCCCUCCUCCCAUCCUUCUCCAACCAUGGCACUUGUCACACCGCCAAUAAGUACCUCACUGUGGCCCUCAUAGGGCUCUGCACUCUCGCUUGUUGCUUGUUCUCAUUCACAGACAGCUAUAUCGGUGGCAAGGAUGGCAAUACCAUCUACUUCGGCUUUGCCACCUGGCAAGGUCUUUACAUCUUCGAUGACGACGAAAGAGACGAGUUUCUGAAGAAACCAAACGCCAACGGGAAUGAAGCCACUGGGGCUUCUGCGAAGCCAGACACAAGCUGGUUGAAGAAGUUCGCAAUCCGUCCGAGAGACAUAGUCCACGCCGCCUUCUCUUGUUUGCUGUUUCUAAGUAUUGCUUUUGCUGAUGCAACUGUUCAAGAGUGUUUGCUUCCAAGUAGUAGGGAAAGCACCAGAGAUUUCUUGGUGAAUCUGCCGCUUGGGUUUGUGUUCUCGUCAAGUGUGGUGUUCAUGAUCUUCCCUACCACUCGCAAGGGAAUUGGCUACUCGGGUACAUUGCCUAGACCCUUAAAUCUGAACCCUAGAUCGGAAAACCACUGAAAUCUCAGAAGUAGGAAUAGCUUUUCUUUAUUAUUUAUCUCUUUUCUCUGUUGGGGUUUGUAGUAAUGACUUCACUUUUAUAUGUUGUUCAUUAAUGGAUAGAUGGUCUCAAUUUUCUGACUCUUGUUCAUUU